ACUAUGAAGCAAAUUUGUAAAAAGCUUUUAAAUUGACAAACAGCAUAGUAUAGUUGUUCAUCCCCCUCUUACUGUAUUUAAACCAUAAUAAAAUAAAACACAUCAACUAAAAAAUUUCUUAAAAAUAAAUAAUUUUACAAAACAAACCAUAAAAAAACAUGAUAAGCCACAGAGUUUCAAAAACAAAGUUAUAUGGUUAUUCUAAAAGAUAUUUAGUUUCUCAACAAAAUACACUCAGUAAAUCUUUACGAAAGGUCUUUUUACAACAAUUCAUACUGAUGGUGAACAUUUCUUUAUCGAAAACCUGAUAAGCCACAUUAUUUUACUAGAAUUGCUGGAAAAAUUAUGUAUACCGAUGAAAUCGAAAGUAAAAGUUAAGUUUUUGGAAAAACAAGAAAUGACAAUAUAAUGGAAGGUAAAGAGUUUUUAUCGAAAAAGAAUGAUGAUGAUGAAGUAAUUUCUGUAUCAAGUGAGGAAAACUUUGUGAUAUAUCCAGACAUUAAUAUCAUUCCACCGCAGACCAUACAAAAAAGAGAUGAAAUUAAACUCAAACGCAACUCAGGCUUAAAAUAUAUUUGUACAAAAACCCAUAAAAGUGUUGAAGCUCGUGUUCAGGGACCACCUUGCGGCUGUAAGCGUAAUUGUAGACAACAACUUAGAAAUACACAUGAAGAUAUUUUCAAUAACUUUUGGACUAUAGGAUCCUACGAUCUACAGAAUUGGUACCUUUUCGAUUGUAUUGAAGUGGUUGACAAAAAGAGAUGCUAAAAAUCAACAAUCCAGAAGAACAAUAUCGGCCAGUUAUUCAGUGAAUGUGAAUGGAGCGGACAUUAGUGUUUGUAAAGUUGAAUUUAUGAAUUUACAUGGCCUUCAGAAGUCUAGAGGUAGACUGGAUCAUAUUAUUAAAAUGAAAAAAGGAGGAGCGAUUUACCCUAAAACAGAUGGUCGUGGCAGGCAUACUAAUAGAUGUAAUAAAAGACUGCUAGAGAGACAAGGGAGUUAUGAAGCAGAAUAGAAAUUUAAUGUAUAUAAUUUAAGAAUGAUAAAGUUAGGUAUCAAUGCAAUAAAAAAAGGG